AUGAAUUUGGUUACACCAAGACAACGGCAAGAAUGGUUAGGAAAAGCAGAGGAUUAUGCUGAUCUUUUUGUUCAACGUACUAAAUAUAUAUUACCGCAUGCUGCAAGAUUUUGUUUAGUAUUAACAUUUAUUGAAGAUGGUAUUCGUAUGUGGACACAAUGGGGUGAUCAAAGAGAAUAUAUUAUGAAGAGUUGGAAUGUUGGAUGGUUUCUUGGAACAAUGUUUGUUAUUAUUAAUUUAUUAGGUCAACUUAUACCAUGUGGAAUGAUUUUAUUAAGAAAAAAGACUGAUAUUGCUUGUGGAGUAUUAUUUUUUAUUGUUGGAUUUCAAGCAAUUUCAUAUCGAAUCAUGUGGGAACCUCACUUCUUACUUAGAUCAUGUGCAUUAAUUGGUGGUUUAAUUUUAUUAAUGGUUGAAGAUCGUAAAGAUUCACGAGCCUUAUUUGCUGGUGUUCCAACAAUGCAUAAUAAUGCACCGAAAAAUUAUAUGCAAUUAGCUGGACGAAUGUUAUUAGUUAUUAUGUUUUUAACUAGUGUUCAUUAUGAUUUAUCAUUCGUAUCAAUUAUACAAAAUUUAAUUACUGGCGUUGGUAUGUUAUUUGUUGCUGUUGGUUAUAAAACAAAAUUAACUGCCUUACUUCUUGUUGUCUAUCUAUUAUUUAUUAAUUUUUAUGCAAAUCGUUUUUGGACCAUAUCUGAUUCACGUGCAUUACAUGAUAUUUUGAAAUAUGAUUUUUUUCAAACAAUGUCGGUUAUUGGUGGUCUACUUUAUGUUGUUACACUUGGUCCAGGUGGUGUAUCACUUGAUGCACGAAAGAAAGAGUGGUAA